CUGUUUGAACUGCCUUGUCCACACGCGACGGCCCAGCCAAAUGUGGAUGCUGUCACUGUCAGCUCACAAACUAAACAGUUCGGAUAAGUGGCCAGCCUUGUUGUUCACCGCCCCGCAGCGAAAAUAUUUGGGUGCACUUCAAAGGAAGUGCUGCUGAACAGGGCACGACUCUGGCUUCGCGUUGUAUUCUAGCCGGAAGCUGGUGAUAAAAGGUGCAUGCUUCCGAAUGAAGCUUGCUCGGUCUCACAACUAGUAUUCCAACACCUCCCAGAGGCCCAGGCCUUCACUGAGCGAGCUGAAAGACCAUGGCGACCUUCUCGUUGGAGCUCUGUGUUCAGGGGCAUUCCGAGUCCAUCCUGUACCGAAUUCCAAAAGGCUCAACGCUGCGGUUCAUACAGAGCAACAAGCUUGCGGCACACGGCGGAGUGGUAGACUUGCUCUUCAACCAGGCGCCGUCUUCUGACCACAAAUUCAACCGUCAGGACCUGCGUAGUCUCGACCCACCUUCUGGGACUGUUCUGAGCAGCUCAGAAUGGCAGCGGGAGGUGAAACUGCACACCGCCGGUUCAUACCAAUACCGGUUUACCUACCGAAAGAACGUUGGAGACAAUGACAAGUCCAAUCUCACGGAACAGACAGGCUUCAUUGUUGUGGAGCCCCAGCUGCAGUUUGCCGACGGAAACAUCCUCGAUUUGGAUGCGAUCACACUGCAGACGGUCAUGGCCCCGAUUCUCGGCAAUCUGUCCGGGUGGCGCGAUCGCUUAUGUGUGGCUAAGGAGUCUGGCUACAACAUGAUCCACUAUAGCCCUAUCCAGGAGCUGGGAUGCAGCGGGUCAGCGUACAGCAUAGCUGAGCAGUUGCACUUGCUGAAUGAGUCCCGUGACGAGCCGCUGGGAGCUGGUGAGCGGCCGGCACGCCUGAUAACCCAGAGCAGCGUCGGUCGGCUUUCGGCGGAGAUGUCCAUCGACGUUGGCUUCAAGGAAGUGCACACGCUCAUGAAGGAGCUACACAAGGACUGGGGAAUGUUCGGCAUGAUUGACAUCGUCUGGAACCAUACGGCGUCUGAUGCAUCGUGGCUGCGCACACAUCCUGAAGCUGGGUACAAUCUGAAGAACUCGCCACACCUGAAGCCGGCCUAUGAACUCAAUCGUGCCCUUAUGGUGUUUUCAAGUGAGGUGGCUCGUGGCCAGUACCGGGAGCACGGCAUCAACGAGUAUGUGCGUAGUGAGGAUGACAUUCGUCGCAUGGCUAAGGUCCUGCACGGAGUUCUGCUAUCCAGUACUGUACUGUGGGAAUACUUCUGCGUGGACGUGCGUGCUCAGGUGGAACAAUUUGAGAAGCAUCUCGGCGGCAAGCAAGUAGAUAUGUCUCGUGCAGGCAUCGAGAGGCCGCCUAUUGCAAUUGUUCAGGACCCGCACUAUGGUCGGUGUUCGUGCACCAUCGACUAUGACCUGGCGGAGGAUAUCCUCUUUCACCGAGACAUGGAGGGCCGCAGUCUACAUGAGCACAUUUCCCGAGCGAAGCAGGACCUUGCAGACACUCUGGACUGGCUCAUUGAGCAACAGAUGAGCAAGAUCGAGCAGGACAUCUUCCAGGAAGUCAUCCAUAACUGCAUGUCAAAUGUGCGCUACGAAUACUUGGAGCCCGGUGGACCUCGCCUGGAAAAGAUCACCGUCGACCAUCCGAUUGUGCCAAGCUACUUCUUUCACUUGGACGGCGAUGACCUGCUGCUAUCGGAGGCGGACGUGCAGGACGAGGACAAGGGUGAACGUGUGCUGGCGCACAACGGCUGGGUGAUGAACGCCGACCCGCUGUCCAACUUCGCCGCGCCCGGCUCAGAGGUGUACUUGCGUCGUCAGCUGAUCCCCUGGGGUGACAGCUGCAAGCUGCGCUACGGUCAGCGGCCGGAGGACUCGCCCUGGCUCUGGGUGCACAUGACGGAGUACACGCGGCAGAUGGCGCGCGUCUUCCACGCGUUCCGCAUCGACAACUGCCACAACACGCCCCUGCACGUUGCUGAGUACCUGCUGGACGAGGCACGACUGGUGAGACCUGACCUCUAUGUCGUGGCCGAGCUCUUCACCAACUCAGAGAGCAUAGACAAUGCCUUCAUAAAUCACCUGGGCAUCAACUCUCUGAUAAGAGAAGCAGCCAAUGCUUACGACAGCAAGGAGCUGGGUCGACUUGUGUACCGCUACGGGGGUCAACCGGUGGGCUCCUUCGCACCACCGUCGGGUGUUCGUCCGCUAAAGCCAUCAAUGGCUCAUGCUCUCUUUGUUGAUCUAACACACGACAACGAGUGCUUAAUGCAGGGUCGGUCAGUGUAUGACACCAUGGCCAACUCUGCACUUGUUGCCAUGGCAUGCUGUGCCAGCGGCAGCACCCACGGCUACGACGAGCUCGUGCCCUACAAGAUCGGUGUGGUUGGUGGUGGUCGUUUGUACAGCACAUGGUCAACUGCCUCACCCACCACACCACCACCACCGGGUACAGUAAACCAUGCCAGCGGUGUCCUCAAGGGCAAGCAAGUCCUCAACGAGCUGCAUGCACGAUUAGCCACCGAAAAAUACUCCCAGGUAUACGUUGACCAAGUGAGUGAGUCUGUCGUUGCCGUGACACGUCACAACCCGGAGACACACGACGCCGUCAUUCUCAUCGCUCACACAGCCUUUCAGAAGAUGCCGGAACACGAGGAGCCCACUGAAGAAUUCAUGGGAGUCAGUAGCUACAUUCCGCCACUCGUUGUACAAGGUGUCAUUGACAAGGUGCUACUGGAAGGUCGCAUGGUACGCCGUACCACCUCUGCCAUGCAGGACCUGCCCGACGACAAAUCGAUCAUCGUCGGCCUGCCCGACUUCAAGGUGGAGAUUGCGACGGACAUUGGCGUGCACGAGUCGCACUUCUGCGACCUGCGCGUGACGCAGCAGGCGCACGAAGCGCACUUCCACACGUUUCCACCCGGCGCUGUGAUCGCUUUCCAGACCAGGCUGAGCGAUGGUGCCAAGUCGGCUCUCAAACUCAUCCAGCAAGACCUAUCAGCCAUGGCGAACGGUGAUGGCAACGUAGCGGGUCUCGUGAACCAGCUGUCUCUGACCGACCUCAACACGCUGCUGUACCGCUGCGACGCUGAAGAACAGGACGACGGCAAUGGCAGCGGGGCGUACCACGUACCUCACCACAGUCCAUUCAAAUACUGCGGCCUCCAAGGUGUCCAAUCGUCAAUGGAAGUCGUGUUCCGAAACAAUGAUCUGGGGCAUGCGCUUUGUGACAACCUACGAGCAGGUGACUGGCUGGUUGAGUACAUCUGCAAUCGACUCAAACACCACAAUGGCACUCGGAAGGUCGGCGAAGCAAUGUCGGAAAUGUUCAAGUCUCUCUCCACUCUGCCCCGCUACCUGGUACCGCUCUACUUCCAGCGCAUGCUAUCAGAAGUAUACCGGUUGGCACGACAGCAGGCGAUCACCCAGAUGAGUCGAUUUGUCCGUGACGGCUCUGGGUUCAUCCAGAGUCUAGCACUGGGCUCUGUACAGCUGUACGGUGUGGUGAAAUCAUCACCGAUGCGGGUGGCCAGCAGUUCCGUCCUGGACGACCAAGGAGCAUCGCUGGCGGCGGGUCUGCCUCACUUUGCCACUGGGUUCAUGCGCUGCUGGGGCCGGGACACGUUCAUUGCGCUGCCAGGGCUCAUGAUGGUGACGGGGAGACUGGAAGCCGCCAAGAAAGUCAUUCUGGCAUUCGCAGCAUGCCUGCGUCAUGGUUUGAUACCUAAUCUGUAUGGUAGUGGUUCUGGUGCACGGUUCAACUGUCGCGAUGCACCCUGGUGGUUCUUACAGGCCAUCCAAGACUACUGCAAGACUACGGGUGACGUCAAGAUCCUUGGCGAGCAGCUCAACCGCCUGUUCCCAACCGACGAUAGCGUGCCGCCAACUGACGAUUCUACGCCCCUAUGCGAGAUUGUACAGGAGAUUCUGCAGCGCCACGCGAGCGGUAUUGACUUCCGGGAGCGCAACGCCGGUAGCAGCAUUGAUAUGAACAUGUCCGAUGCCGGCUUCAAUGUCUCCGCCGGCGUUGACUGGAGCACCGGGUUCCCGUACGGUGGCAGCACCAGUAACUGUGGAACCUGGAUGGACAAGGUCGGAGAGUCGGAUCGGGCGCGCAACCGCGGCGUUCCCGCCACACCGCGUGAUGGCUCUGCUGUGGAGAUCGUUGGCCUGUGUAAAUCCACCGUAGCCUGGCUAGCUAAACUUCAUGCAUCUGCUGAUUUCCCGUAUGCUGGUGUGAGCGUUGCAGAAGGCAACACUAUGUCAUAUGCGGAGUGGGAUGCACUGCUAAAGAAGAACUUUGAGCGACGCUUCUGGAUACCGGUCACGCCUGACUCCGAUGUUGAGCGUGAGGGCAGUGAGGCCGAGUACAUUCACCGCCGCGGGAUCUAUAAGGACACUGUUGGUGCAACGCAGCGCUUUGCUGACUUCCAGCUUCGACCAAACUUCCCCAUUGCUAUGGUUGUGGCACCGGAUCUGUUCACACCUGGCAAUGCAGCCAUUGCCCUGCAGAAUGCACAGGAUAUCCUGGACGGACCGCAGGGUAUGGCCACGCUGGAUCCAAAGGAUUGGGCUUACAACGGAGUUUACGAUAACGGUGUGGACUCAGACGACCAAGGCUCUGCGCGUGGUUUCAAUUAUCACCAGGGACCGGAAUGGCUUUGGAUCAAGGGUUUCUUCCUGAGGGCUCGCUACCAUUUUGCCUCGGCCAGUCCAUCCGCAGAGAACGUUGUGGCGAGCGUUCGCAGUGCCCUAGCUCUUCUCCAGGACGCCUUGCAGGACUCCGAGUGGCAAGGCCUGGCGGAGCUGACCAACGCUGCCGGUGCGGAGUGUACUGACAGCUGUCCAGUGCAGGCUUGGUCAAUGAGCUGUCUAUUGGAAUUACUCCGGGACAUGACGAAUUGAUCAUUACAAGUGGGUAAUCACUGCGGACCGACAGUUAACGGAUAUACACUCUACACUGGAACGGAAAUCACGUCGCCUUACGAUACACUCAGAGGAGGACGCGCUGGAUGCGGCUCACAGUGUUGGGCACCUGACAUGACCCCCCCCCCCCCCCAUUGUCUUGUCAUGCUUAUCAGUCGCUCCCUCUGUUCUCAUAUUACCGAUGCUGCUGUUGCCACCGUUGCACAUAGUGUUGUCACCGGGACUCUAGGCGUCAUCUCUGAAACACACCAACUAAGCCAAGCAUUAGCACAUGCGCUGUAGCUACAGUGCAUGAUAGCGUUACUCAUGUCUUUCUACUUUCUAGUCACAUCUAAUUACCGCCUCUGACUUCUAGGACAACUGCUAUCUACUAACUGCUGGAUGAAGAGCUGAAAAAGUAGCCCUUUUAGUUUUCAAAUCUCAUGACUCACCUAUCCACAUUUUAGAAUUAUUUUAUAGAUACCUAGCCGUUAUGUGUCGUUUCUGUUUUUAGUACCCAGACCAGGCCGGAUCAGAUCAGAUCAUCAUGGUAUUUGUUCAUAACGCUUUUGAAGUAGCCGCACUGAUUUAUGUAAACCGUUUCAUACCGACUGCACACGUUUAAUUUCGGGCGUUUGCCUCAGAAAACCACAAUGCCCACAGCUCCAGGGGAUCUUCCCUGGCCCGCAGUCCAAGACGAUCCCAGCCAGCUGUCUUUGAGCAGUUUUAUUUGCCACGUUUAACUACACAUUCAAUUCGUCGAGUUCAACAUUCAAUUCAUGUUAGGAUUAUCUUGUUCUGUUUUUUACUCACAGUUUCCGGUCACGUUUAGCAAGCAUUUUUGCAAUCUUGUGAUAACAUUUUUUUGCUAAUCCAUUCCGUAUAUAGCACCACAGUACUGGCAAGAGGUUGUGCAUGCUAGAAAAUCUCAUACGAGUGCAAUGAAUGUGUACCUUGCUUGCAUGCUUUUGCACAAUAUCUGGAUAUGGAUUUGGGCAGCGCCUUUAGAAUGUUUUUGUGCAACUUC